CUGAUUAGCAGCUAGAUGAAUUCUAAAAGAGGAUCGAACAGCCAUGAUGCAGAUCUAAAGACUCAUUACUACUUUUAAUGUAUUUAUAACACAACACUGAUCAUUUCAAAGAGACUUUGGCUCACAAUAGGUUUCACUUGCUUUGACUUGCAAAGGCACCAUGACUUUCAUUUUGUCAGUUUCAGUUUCAUUUCUUAUGAUUUGAGAGAGCAGCUGUAUAUAUUAGGUGGGCAAAGACCAAGCAGUGCAUCAUAUACGGAACAUCUGUAACAAGACUGUAAGGAUAUGGCAUCAAUAUUGUGGAACAGUGCAGUACAAGAGAGGGCUACUGAGCUUCAUGGAGACAGUUGGGAUGUUGUAUUUGAUGACUCUAUUACUCAACACAACACAGCUCCUGGGUGGUACCAUUACAUUUCUGGAUCUUUUGCAGGGUUCACCUGUUCUCUUUGUCGAAGGUCUUGGGCGUCUAAAAGAGUGCAGGUGAUCUUCCAUUUCUAUCUGAACUCAGCAAGCAACCAGGGAACCAUUAAGGUGCGACGCUUCAAACAGAAAUGCAAGAGGUGCACUGGAGCUCGGAUGGAGGAUCCAAACUUCUCGGUGGAAAACAUUGACGUGCUGGUUGAGAGACUGGUUACAAAGAUUCGUGUAAGAUGCUACGAGGAAUACCUGGGUGAAUCAAACAGGCCCUCAAGGUUCAGUGGCAGAAUGAAUGGGCCUCAUGAAACUUUGCAUUGUGAAGCCUGCCAGAAUGGCGUCUGUAGUCAGGCCACAUGAUCCAUUAAACUGGUAAAGUGACAUUAAAAUAUGUGUUCUGAGUUUGUCACACAACAGAAAAGUGUCACAAAAAAACAUCCAAGUAAAUAAAAUAAGUUAUCAAAACCUUGGAAAAAUAAGCAGGACUAUGCUUUCAAACAUUGUGGGCGUGCUGAAGCCACGCUCACUCGCAUUGCUCAACAUGAGUCCCCACUAGGCUUAUGUGAAGAUUUUUAUGGGAGGAUUUGAAUUCAAAAAGGAUAUUCAUCAAUAGAUAAUCACUGAAGCACGUUGCAAUCAUGCGCAGUAAUCCUCCUUCCCAGGGGCCCAUGCGCGCUUGCAAGCAAGCAAGGGGAAGAAAAUUCACUUAACAGUGUUUCCGCUAUAUUCAGUCUGCCGUGCGCUUCUCUGGCCCGCGCACAUUGAGGUGCGCAUAGAAAACAGUGUUUCUAAUUUAGGAAGUCUGUCUCUUGAUUUAGUAACUUUUACGAGCCCUAUAGAAAAGCAUAGCGACAAAUAUGGCGACAUCUUGGAUAAACCUUACAUUCAGUGGGAAAAUGUCGCCAGGGCUGCACUGCGAGCGCGAGGUCUCUCUUUCUCGGCGAAGGGAUCCCUUCUCUCGGCUUCACUCUGUAUAGUGAGCGGCAGGAAGAAGCAGGACAUAUAAUUGACCGUGUGACAGGUGACUCUUGAAUGAAAUGAGCAGCCUACAGCGUUUCCAACAACCUGUCACGUUUAUCGACUGUUUGGAUAUAUAAACAUGAACACAGUUCGUCUGUAAAUAUGCACAUGGUCAGCUAGACAGAGGCUGUGUGAAAAAUAUAUAGCCAUAUACAGCCGUUGUUGGCUGAUGUCGCUUUAUAAGUCAGAACUGACAAUAGAAACUGAAAUAGGCCUAUGUCAAUAUAGUUUUUUUUACAUGUUGGCUAUUUGGUGGUGUUUCCUUGCCAAUUAUGAAUUUAAUAUUGAUAUAAUGAUGUUCAGGUCUAACUGCCUUACUUUACCAAUAUUGAGCCUUCAUUAUAAGAUCAUUCACAGUGCUUUUACAUACAUUGCAAAACGUUUACAUAUACACAAAUAGUAUGAUGUCGUAAGAUAUUGGAUAGGCUAAAUAAGAGGCCGUUUAUACGACGCCGUGUUCACCUGAAAACUUUUUGUGUGUUUUAGCUGUUCGUUUAGACGGAAACUGCGUUUUGGGGGACUGAAAAUGCAAACUUUUGAAAACGGGUCUCAAAGUGCAACUUUUUGAAAACGGCGGCGUUUUCGUUUCCAUGUAAACUGCAAGACGGAACUUUCUGAAAACGAUGACGUCAUGCACAUGCGUAUUACGCGCUCAUUCGCACGAGUAUAGCCAAAACCAAAACCAUAGACAUAUACUGUAUAUACGUAUAUAUAACUAGACGCUGCGUUGGCCGCUUUUGCUCCGCUGCUGCGAUUCGUAAAUGGCGCCGCCAUAUUGGUAAGGGCAAAAGUGCACUAAAAGCCCACUGAACCCAAUGGGAGAGCUGCGCUUUUUCGGCAUUAAAAGCACAACCACGUUUACAUUUCUUAACAUAUUUCAAUGGUUUACGAUAUACGUAUAGAGUACAACUUUAUCAUGCCUCUAGUUACUUCAUGUCUCGAUUAUAGCUACUUUAAAAUGAAUGGUUGUCAUAAGGAAAUGUGAAACCCAUUUUUUGUGCCUGUUAUUCGUGAGAAUCCACUAGAUGGCACCAUGUUGUAGACAAGACAAGCAACAGAAUAAAUUACCACGUUGCAGUAGUCGAAAAUAAAAAAGACAUGUAGUUUAGAGAUUGUUUCUGAGAUAUAUUUGAAUUAUCGAACAAAACACCCAAGGUGAUAUAGUUUAAUUUACGUACGUGUUAUAUAAAAACAAAUGUUUUUCACUGUGGAAAUGGCUUUUUCUGUAGUAAUUUCAGACGAUAAAAAGAUAAAAUAUGUUCUUUUAUUUAUCUGGUAAACCCAUUACAACAGUAAAACAUGAUUUUAA